AAAAAACAUCAACAUUUUAAAAUGUUUUCAACCAAAAUGCGAUUUCAAAUGUGAAAUUGAUAAAAAAAUUCUUCAAAAUAAUUUUUCAUCCAAUCUUAAUAAUAAAUUAAUUAUAAAAGAAUAUGCGAAUGUUUUGAUAGAGCAUUAUUCAAGAAAUCAUAAUAAUAAAUAUCAAAAAUUUAAAGAACAUGUUAUUAUUAGAAAUGCAAAUUAUUAUUUAUAUGAUAGAUUAUAUUUUGAUAAUAGAAAUAAUCUUCAAUUAGCAUAUAAUGGUAUUAAAAAAUCAGGAAGAAGACCGGCACCGUUGAGUCAUGAUGAAAAAAGAGCUAGAAAUGUAAUAGCUCAAAGACGUCACCGGGAUAGAAUACAAAAAUAUAUGAAUUCAUUAGAAGAAGAAUAUUAUCAAGAUGCUAAUAAUGAAUUUGUUGAAUAUAAUAACGAAAUGAUGAAACAGAUCGAAGAAUUGAAAAAACAAAUUAACAAACGUGAUGAAGAAUUAGAUCGAUUUAAAAUUGAAAACGAAGAGUUGAGAAAACGAAUUGUAACGAAUAACGAAAUGGUGAUUGAAAAUAUCGAAUUAACAAGUAUUGAUGAAAGUAUCGGAUUAACAAGUAUUGAUGAAAGUAUUGAAUUAACGAACGAAACGAUUAAUGAAGAUUGGAAAAUAUUUCCAUGCGAUUUUAAACCGGUUUUUUAUGGAGAAAGUAUUGAAGAAAAUAAAGAUUUGUUAAAUACUUCAUUAGAUAUUAGUAAUCCAUAUAAUUUAGAUAAUCAAAUUAAUUUUGAAGAAUUUACUAAAGCGAUGAGGAUGAUGAAUAGAAUUAACAAUGAUCUAUUUCAAUUAUAA